CAAAUUUUGAAGGUCGAUGCGGAGGUAAUGUUCACCUAUCGCGCAGUCGAUGUGUUGCUGGCACCGUAUCGCGAAGCAUGCGUUUAUCUUCGCUUGUGACCUCGUGCUUGACGUGAACCCCAGUGAUCCAGGUGCCGAUGUCCAAAUAAUCAAUUUCAACACUCUUAUCGGCACUCACGAACUCUGUACUUUAAAUAAGCCACCGGCUACCAUCGACCGACUUGCUCUCAACCGACUAGCCCAGCAUGAAGAAGCAGCUCGACGUCGAGGUCGCCAGCCUGGCGAAAAGCGUGCUUUCACCUGUUGACGAACACGAUUCAUCGGACAAACGUUUGCAGGAGCUGGGAUAUAAGCGCGAGUUCCGUCGCGACAUGUCAUUCUUCGGUGUUCUGGGCAUUUCGUUCUGUGCUAUCGGAAUUCUCACCGGCAUGAGCAGCGCCUUCCAAACUGGGUUAUUCUCAGGCGGCCCAUUGGGCUUGUUCUGGGGCUGGAAUACAGUGAGCUUCUUUAUGCUCCUGAUAGCAUUAGCGCUCGCAGAAAUAUGCAGUGCAUAUCCUACAAUUGGAGGGCUUUACUUCUGGGUAUGCAAGAUGAAACCAGAGACUCCAGUCCUAGGCUUCUGCACUGGCUGGAUUUACAGUAUUGCUCUGGUAAUUUCAGGGACAUCCGGCAACCUAAGCGUUGCGUUGUAUUUGGCUUGCCUUGCCGAAGUUGGCCAGAAUCGUACGCUCACCCGUGUGGAGAUCACUGCAAUAGCGUGGGGUGUUAACAUCGCGUCUGGAAUCAUCAACACCGUCGGAACCAAGGGCAUCGGCGCGAUGAGCUCUCUCAAUGUAUGGUGGACGUUAGGUGGCACAUUUGUGCUCGUCAUUACACUCCUGGUCAAGGCACCCGUGAAGAAUACGGCAGACUUCGUUUUCACUGACUACCAGAAUUAUACUGGUUGGAGAAAUCGUGGCUUUGUUGUGCUGCUCGGCUUUCUUCAGGCCGUGUACUCUCUAGAGGGAUGCGAGACAGCUGCCCAGGUGGCCGAAGAGGCACAGCGCGCUGAAAUCCUUGCCCCGCUCGCCGUCGUAGGAUCCGUCGUAGGGUCAUGGCUCAUCGGCCUCGCGUACAUGCUCGCGCUGCUUUUUUCUGUACAGAGCAUCGCACGCGUCCAGGAGACGACGUACGCACUCCCUAUCACGCAGCUCUUCUACGAUGCAGUCGGCCAGCGACUGACGCUCAUGUGCGUCUCCGUCAUCGCGAUCUCGCAGUUCAUGGCCGCCGUGACGGGAUUCACCGCAAGCUCGAGGCUAUUCUACGCGCUUAGCCGGGACAACGCAUUCCCGAUGAAAGAACGUUUCAUGCGGCUAAAUCGCUUUCAGGCGCCAUAUUGGGGUGUGUGGCUAUCAGUAAUUUUGGGAUGUAUUAUCUCCUGCGCGUACAUUGGGUCUGUUGUGGCGUUCAAUGCGAUUCUAUCCUCUGCAGCCGUUGCAGUCAUGCUCAGCUACCUUCAGCCUAUCCUGAUACGUGUCUUCUGGCCCUCGACUAGCCUGCCUGAGCGAGGCCCGUUCAAUCUAGGUCGUUGGUCUUGGGCAGUGAACUUCGCGAGCUUCUUGUUCUCUGUGUUCAUCUGCGUGCUCUUCAUUCUCCCAACUUCAUAUCCGGUAAACGCGCUAAAUAUGAACUAUGCGAUUGUGGCGAUUGGCGGGGUCAUCGUCUUGGUCGGUCUUUGUUGGCUGUUCUGGGGACGUUACCGCUUUACAGGGCCCGUAAAAACACUGACGCAAGUUGCCGAGCAGACUUCUUCCAAGUACGAGUAACAAACGGAAUCAAGGGAAGUUGGUCAACCUAGAUACGUUAU